AUGCGUCUCCUCAGCCUCCUAACAGCGACGCUCUCCCUCUCAUUUACAAGCGCAGCCCCGCAACUUUCCGCCCGCGCCCCAACUCCCGGCUCUCUCCAACAAGUCACCUCUUUUGGCGCCGCACCCACCAAAGCUGGGUUUUACAUCUACGUGCCCAAGAAACUCGCUGCUUCUCCGGGCAUCGUCGUCGCCAUUCACUACUGCACUGGAUCGGCACAGGCCUACUUUUCCGGAUCACCCUACAGCAGCCUUGCGGAACAGUACGGAUUUAUAGUGAUUUACCCCAGUUCUCCGCACUCGGGAACAUGCUGGGAUGUCAGUAGCAAGGCAACGCUCACGCAUGAGGGAGGUGGAGACUCGAAUACGAUUGCGAACAUGGUAAAGUGGACUAUAGGCGAGUACAAGGCCGAUGAGUCAAAAGUUUUUGUGACUGGGAGUUCAAGCGGUGCUAUGAUGACCAACGUCUUAGCAGCCACUUACCCCGACCUCUUCAAAGCUGCCAUCCCAUACUCCGGUGUCAAUGCUGGCUGCUUCGUCUCCGCCUCCGGUGGCGUCGAUGCCUGGAACAGCACCUGCGCCAACGGCCAAUCCACCGCCACACCUGCUGCCUGGGCUACCGUAGCAAAGAACAUGUACCCGGGCUACACUGGACCUAGGCCGCGCAUGCAAGUGUACCACGGCAGUUCGGAUUCGACGCUCAAGCCUCAGAACUACCAGGAGACGAUGAAGCAGUGGGCGGGUGUGUUUGGCUACAACUAUGACAAGCCGGAGAGCACAAAGGCAAAUGAUCCCCAGAGCGGUUACACGAGGACGAUUUAUGGACCGAAUGUUCAAGGCAUUUAUGCGCAAGGGGUCGGGCAUACAGUGCCAAUUCGAGGGGCGGAUGAUAUGAAGUUUUUCGGGUUUGCCUAG